GCCGCAGCGGCCACGGUGUGGUAGAGAGUUCAGCCUCCGGCCCCUGUCAGGCCUAGGCGGGUUAGUGAGAGUUGUGAAGUUGAGAAGACUUUUGUGUAAAGUGGGGCGCCACGAAGUCACUCUGAGUCCAGGAGCUGCCGCAUCGGCCCGGUUGUCCGCGGCUGAUUAAGGAUUAGCGCUUCCGUAGCCGGGGAGCUGGAGGAGAACCUGAUUUGAGAUCAAUUCUUGGAGAAUACAAAGAAGUGUGGUGGUACAGCUGCCAGAGGAAUAAGAAACUAUCCUUGUUCAACCCUGACUGAACCACAUACGACUUGAAGAAUAGAAAAUGGCUUUUGCCAUUUUAUAUGGUGUUGCAGUGACUAGUAAAGUGGCCACACUUCAUACAGCAUUUGAAGAGGGAUUGAACCAGCUACCCUUUGACCCUGCCAACAACAACGAGCCCCUGCAGUUUGGUAGUGCCAGUGGCCCUCUGGUCACAGAAGGCCUCAUUGAGAAUGGAGGGGAAUCAAGCAAGAAAAGAAAGAGAACAAAUACUCCUUCAGCUGAUAAUAGUAGAACUCUGAAUGUAGAUUCCACUGCAAUGGCGCUACCUAUGUCUGAUCCAACUGCAUGGGCCACAGCAAUGAAUAAUCUUGGAAUGGCACCGCUGGGAAUUGCUGGACAACCAAUUUUACCUGACUUUGAUCCUGCCCUUGGAAUGAUGACUGGAAUUCCACCAAUAACUCCAAUGAUGCCUGGUUUGGGAAUAGUACCUCCACCAAUCCCACCAGAUAUGCCAGUAGUAAAGGAGAUCAUACACUGCAAAAGCUGCACACUCUUCCCUCCCAACCCAAAUCUUCCACCUCCUGCUACCAGAGAAAGACCACCAGGAUGCAAAACAGUAUUUGUGGGUGGCCUGCCUGAAAAUGGGACAGAGCAGAUCAUUGUGGAAGUAUUUGAACAGUGUGGAGAGAUCAUUGCUAUUCGAAAGAGCAAAAAGAACUUCUGUCACAUUCGCUUUGCUGAAGAGUACAUGGUGGAUAAAGCCCUUUAUCUGUCUGGUUACCGAAUUCGCUUGGGCUCUAGUACUGACAAGAAGGACACAGGGCGGCUCCAUGUUGAUUUUGCACAGGCUCGGGAUGACCUGUAUGAGUGGGAGUGUAAACAGCGUAUGCUAGCAAGAGAAGAGCGCCACCGCAGACGGAUGGAAGAAGAAAGGCUGCGCCCACCAUCUCCUCCCCCAGUGGUUCAUUACUCAGAUCACGAAUGUAGCAUUGUUGCUGAAAAACUAAAAGAUGAUUCCAAGUUCUCAGAAGCUGUGCAAACCUUGCUCACCUGGAUAGAGCGAGGGGAGGUGAACCGACGCAGUGCCAACAACUUCUACUCCAUGAUCCAGUCAGCGAACAGCCAUGUCCGCCGCCUAGUAAAUGAGAAAGCUGCCCAUGAGAAAGACAUGGAAGAAGCAAAAGAGAAGUUCAAGCAGGCCCUUUCUGGAAUUCUCAUUCAGUUUGAGCAGAUAGUGGCUGUGUACCAUUCCGCCUCCAAACAGAAGGCAUGGGACCACUUUACAAAAGCCCAGCGUAAAAACAUCAGUGUUUGGUGCAAACAAGCUGAGGAAAUUCGCAACAUUCAUAAUGAUGAAUUAAUGGGAAUCAGGCGAGAAGAAGAAAUGGAAAUGUCUGAUGAUGAAAUAGAAGAAACAACAGAAGCAAAAGAAACAGAAGAAUCAGCAUUAGUGUCGCAGGCAGAGGCUCUGAAGGAAGAAAAUGACAGCCUCCGUUGGCAGCUUGAUGCUUAUCGGAAUGAGGUAGAACUCCUCAAGCAAGAACAAGGCAAAGCCCACCGAGAAGAUGACCCAAACAAGGAACAGCAGCUAAAACUCCUACAACAAGCCCUACAAGGAAUGCAACAGCACCUACUAAAAGUUCAGGAGGAAUACAAAAGGAAAGAAGCUGAACUUGACAAAAUCAAAGAUGACAAGUUACAGGUGGAAAAAAUGUUAGAAAAUCUUAAAGAAAAGAGACAGCUUCUGGGAAGCUUUGAAGACAUCUAUAAAGAAAAUGGAAGGAAUUCUGUCCCUACUGAGGGCUUGUGGAAGGAAAGAAGUGAUGAAGCAUCUGAGUCAGCCAUGAUCUGCCCCACAAGAAGCACUUCCCCAGCAUUUUCUUUUACAACAGAAAACUGUGCUCCUCGACUGUGUGCAUCAAACCAGGAAAAUGACUACCCUCUUGAGAAGACGAUGAAUGGCAGUCCUAUCAAAUCUGAACGUGAAGCACUGCUAGUGGGAAUUAUCUCCACCUUCCUCCAUGUUCACCCAUUUGGAGCAAGCAUUGAAUAUAUCUGUUCCUACUUGCACCGUCUUGAUAAUAAGAUCUGCACCAGUGAUGUGGAAUGUCUCAUGAGCAGACUCCAGCAUACCUUCAAGCAAGAAAUGACUGGAGUUGGAGCCAGCCUGGAGAAAAGAUGGAAGUUCUGUGGCUUUGAGGGCUUGAAACUAACCUGAAUCUCUUUGCCUAACAAUUUAGGAUCCUGAAAGUAAACAUGUUGGACAAAGCUUAGAAAGUGAUUUGUAUUUUCAAUGGGUUUCAAUUGGGAGUUGCUUUAAAUUUCAUUCCUGUAAUAUCUUUUGAGUUAAAAUAAGGAUCCUAGAACAGCACCUCGAGCUACAGGCCCUAAAAAGAAAUUGCUUCAAACCUCAAGUGCUGUGUAACGUCCUCCCCCUUUUCUGGCAAUUGGUUGUCUUUUCUUAUUAGUACUAUUGAAAAAGUCCUGAGGCUAAGAAGUGUUUGGAGUGUUUUGGUGUCUGUACUACUGUUGUGACCCCUGAUAUUUUUUUAACCACUGUAAACAGAAAUGUUUUGAUGAUUCCUUUGUGACUUGUUUUUCCAAACCUCUCUUCACAUUAAUGUUGCUACUAGUGAAAGAGAUGAUUGGAGUGCUACUCUGUGUAACUGUCAUUGUCUUUCCAGUCCCCGAUAGACCAAUAAAUGAAACCCCCAUCAGUGUCCUCUAGAAGGUGCUUGACCAAUUCGCCUUUGAAAUGACAAAGCAUGGUCUGUGGCUUUUUGCAAAACUAUUAUGAACCAAAAGUUGACAAAUGUUCCAAAGUUAUUUUCUCUAAUAGUUAUUUCUGAGUAAAAAGUCUAUUUCAGAAUGUUAAAAAGGAAAUCUAGCUAUAUUCACAAAAAGCUAGUAACCAGUAUGACUAGCAUAUCCAUGCUACUCAGAAUCACUUGUAAAUAGUCGGCUUUUAAAGGAGGGCAUGCUUAGUUUUCUAUGAAGUAAAAUGUGCUCAUGUGUGAGUGUGUGCACAUGCACACACAUAUUAGCAGAAGGGAUUUAUUUUAAUAUCCCCCCCACCCAGCCUUCUUACAGUCUAUUGGUCCCUUUUCCUCUGCUCUCAAUGUUGAACUGAAAACUGUACUACUGUAAAUACUGUGUUUAUGCUAAAUGUAAAGAGUUGAUAUAAGUCGUACUGAACAAAUGAAUAGAUAAUGGGACAUGGAUAUGUGAGGCCUCCUAUAACUAGGUCAGGUCCAACUGCAGUGCUGACUCCUGGGUACAGUUCUAGUUCUGUGGUACCCACGAGCAUAUAGCAGUGCUGGAGUAUAUGUGGACCAUUCAGAAAGAUGAAAGGAAAGGGAAGGAGAAAGAAAGGGGAAGGGGAAAGAAAAGAAGGAAAGAGGAA